AAUUGUUUGAUAAUAGGAAUAGGAGAUGCCUCACAGAGGUGCCUUGUUUAAACCACCAGUGCAAUCUUUUGACAAAGGAGGAGGCAUUAGAGCUUUUCAUGUGAAUACGAAUGUUUGUUUUUAUCUGGUUCUCUGCACCUAUAAAAAAUGCCAGGACUUUGAAUGUGAUAGCACCAGGAAUCAAAGCAUAUGAAGAUGGGCAGCACUCUGACUUCAAUAAUAUUAGUUAUUCUGUUUUGUGGGUCAGCAGUUGGUGAUAGAACUAGAACAAAGUUACUAUCAAUCAAAGGUCAGGAUGGCAUGUCUGCAGCAGCACCAGUACCCAGUGAUGGUGUAUGCAAAUCGAUGGUGGAGACAAGAGGCUAUGUUUGUGAAGAACAUUCGGUGGCAACACAAGAUGGCUAUAUUCUCAGUAUGCAGAGAAUUCCAGAGGGGAAGUCAGGAAAGACUCCAGGAAACAGGCUGCCAGUUUUAUUACAGCACGGCCUCGUGAUGGAUGCGAUAACAUGGCUGCUGUUACCUCCAGAGCAAUCUUUGGCCUUCCUUUUGGCUGAUAAUGGGUUCGACGUGUGGCUUGCUAGCACCCGUGGAACCAAAUAUAGCCGUGGGCAUAUUUCACGAAGUCCCAAGGAUCCGCGUUAUUGGGAUUGGACAUGGGAUGAAUUAGUAGCUUAUGAUCUUCCAGCUACAAUACAGUAUGUGCAUGAUCACUCAGGACAGAAACUGCACUAUAUUGGGCAUUCACUUGGAACUUUGAUUGCUCUGGCUGCCUUUUCAAAAGACCAGAUGUUGAACAUGUUGAGAUCAGCUGCCUUACUUAGCCCAAUUGCUUUCGUGGGUCAGAUUACCUCACCACUUGCAAGAUAUGCUGCUGAAAACUUCAUUGCAGAGACUUUAUACCGGUUGGGAGUUCAUGAAUUUAAUCCAAGAGGGGAGGCUGUAAUCAAACUUCUCAAGGAUUUCUGCAGCAAGCCAGGUGUUGACUGCACCAACUUGUUAACCUCUUUCACUGGCCCGAACUGCUGCUUGAACUCUUCCAUAGUAGAUGUUUUUCUAGAACACGAGCCUCAGCCAACGGCUACAAAAAACAUGAUCCAUCUGGCUCAGAUGAUUAGAGAAGGAAGUUUAGCAAUGUAUGAUUACAAGAAAGAGGAUGAGAACAGGAAACACUAUGGACAGCCCACUCCUCCAGUGUACGACAUGACAAGCAUUCCAAAUGACUUUCCUCUCUUCCUCAGCUAUGGUGGGGCCGAUGCCAUUUCUGAUGUCAAAGAUGUGAAGAUCUUGCUGGACAGUCUCAAGGAUCACGAAGGAGAUAAGCUUGUAGUUCAGUACAGAGAUGAUUAUGCUCAUGCAGACUUUGUUAUGGGAGAGAAUGCAAAGCAAGUUGUGUAUGACCCUCUCAUGGCUUUCUUUAGGCUUCAAUGACGAUAUGGAGACCAACACCCCCCCGCCCCAACCAAACAAAAAGAAGAGUAAAUGUGUAAUUGUUUCAUACUGUACUUAUU